AUGAGAAACAAAGCCGUUUCCAUUUUCAUUGCCUUCCUUGCCUUUUGCAGUUUAUCGUUAGCAUGGACCAAUCCUAUUCGAAAGCCGAGUGGAAGUGACCCCUUUAUUGUGCAUACCGGUGGAUAUUACUAUCUUCUUACGACUACCUGGAGCGACGUUGAGAUAUCGCGGUCAACGACCGUGGCAGGUCUCAAGACAGCGACAAAGAAAGUAGUUUACUCUUCAAUCACUUCGUCUCGAUGCUGCAAUGUGUGGGCCCCGGAAGUGCAUUAUCUUGGUGGCAAAUGGUAUAUCUAUUACACUGCCGGGGAGAGUGCCAGUCUUGAUGCACAGCGCUUACACGUUUUAACGGGCGGCACUUCCCCGUGGGACGACUACACAUACACCGGACAGUUAACGAACGAAUGGUCGAUCGACGGCUCAGUCAUUCGUUUCAACGACUAUGAGAACUACUUGCUGUUUUCCUGA